AUGAGCACACCUGCGAGCAGCAGCAGCGGCAGUAGCAGCUUGAGCCAGAGCAAGGACCUCUUGCAGCAGCAGGAUGGCCCAGGCGGUGCUGGUCGUGUCGCUGGGGUGGUGGUGGAAGAGUUGAUCCCCAUGGGUGACGGGACGUUCUUGUUGUCGGCAAAGAUCAACGACAAGCCUUGUCAUGGCGUGCUCACAGAGGCUGCACCAAACACACAGUUGCACAGCAUUCUUUCUCGAACACCGCAGCAGAGCCACAGCAAGCGAUCGCAGCGCGGGAGAAAGAAAAAGAAGCGCAGGGGUGGGCGCGCGCGCCGUUCGGCGAGGAGAAGCUCGUCCACUGACGGGUUCUCCGAGGGCGACAUGGGUGCUGCCAUGGACGAUGACGGCGACGACGACUUUGAUGCCAUGGACGCACACGUCCCUGGUUCAGGUCGAGGCCGUUCUGCGUCCGCUUUGGCAAGGGGCAGAAUCACAGACAGUCGCACACGGGACGGCGUCCUCGAGUAUUGCCUGCACCUAUCCGGGCAAAAGCGGCGGUGGCUGCCACCCAACAAGAUCCCGGCAGUGGUUCUCAAAAAGUACCAGCAGCGGCAACGGAAUGCACGACGAAAGCGACGAGCAGGGGAGCGAGGGAACGAGGAACACGAUGGUGUGCUCACAGAUUCCUCUGUCGACAUUCCUGCCGGAUCCUUAUGGCAAACCGCUAGCCAGAACCCACAUCUGCCACCCAGCGCACAUGAGCAACCAGAAUACAUUCCCAAGGAGGAUGUGGUGGCUGGCGAGUUUGAGCCAGAGCAGAUCCUGGAAGACAGGCUAGCGAAACGCGGGUCUUCUAAGUACAUCUUUCGGGUCAAAUGGAAGGGAUUCCCUGAAGAAGAGAGCACGUGGGAGCCUGAGGAGCAUCUGCCCGUGACGCUGGUUGCCAGGUACGAGCGCAGCAAACAGCUCAAGCUGCAGGAAUUGCGCAAACAGGUGUACGGCACACAUGAUGGCCGUCCCAACCAGACCACGUUGCCCCUCGCCGACAAACCACCGUCGCUGCCCGACAACGUGUUCACCAAGGUGCCCAAGCUCACACCGAAGGAGAUCAAGGCCCUGCCUCGCAAUCGCGCCGAGUACAACCUGCGACGUCGCUCGCAGAACACAGGUGCAGGCACGACAAAGGCGACAGCGCGCGGCAACAGUAGCAGUAACAGCAGCAGCAACAGCAGCAGCGGCGGCGGCAGCAGCGGUCAUGCAACGGCUGCAGCACCUUCACCUACACCAGGAGCACGCAAAAACUUCUGGACAGACCUGUUCAACUUCGACAAGGACUCCCUGACCUCAAAGGAGCCUGCCGAACCCAAGAUUGAGGAGCCGCUCAAGCCAGUCAAGCCAGUCAAGGCGAAACCAAAACCUGGCUCUGUCUCACGCCACCAGCAGCGCGGUCCAGCAUCAAGCUCGACAGCAACAGCAAGCACAGAGGCAGCAAGCAGCACACAUGCAGCGAGACACGCCGUUGACAGCGACAAGAAAAUGCAGGGCAGCAGGCACAGCAGCAGCGACGCGGCCGAAGCAAACAGCACAGCCACAUCAGCAGGACCCGAACAGGAAGAGGCGGUUGCACAGCAGCUGCAGCGGCAAUCGCCACUGAGUGGACCGAUGAUGAUGGCGCAAGAGGACGACGACGGCGAGGAGAGCGGGGAAACGCUCAUGGACGCGCAACCGUACGCACACGCACGGCAACGAGGACAGACCGGACACCAGCAGCGGUACAUGAUUGACAGCGGAAGUGAGGACGAUGAAGAUGUCGGUGAUGAAGCAGUAUCAGCCCAAAGAGAACAUGCUCAAUGA